AUGUUCGAGAAGAAAAAGAGCAAUGAUACAACACCUUUAAUAUUCAUUGCUACGUCUAUCCCGGACUCUGUUUCGGUGGAAGAGGUGCGAAAUGUCGUCCGAAACACGCCCCCGAACAAGAUCAUCGAGGUUUACGUCGGAGACAGCCCCUUGCAAUGGACGACGUGGAGCAAGCAACCUGGGGUUAGCUUGAUGGGCGAUGCUGCCCACUCAAUGCUUCCGACUUUAGCGAUGGGAGUGACGACAGCCCUACAGGACGCCGCAGCUCUCACCAAUUGCAUCGAUAACGCGGAAACGCCGCUAACGGAGGCGUUGAAGGAAUACGAAAACGCACGCCGAGUUCCAUCGGCCACGCUACAGUUGAUAAGCCGUGUUGCCAUGGUGUUCAUUGAAAAUGUAUUGUGCGGCUAAGAAACCGAUUUCUUGUGAAGUAUGAGCAACCUGGUCCUUCAGUCGUGUCGCUGGGUCACGACAGUUAUAGCUCGAUCCACCGAAACGUUUGUCCGUCUAUUCCGAGAGAUAUAUAGCUGGUUGCCCCGGAUGUUCAGUUGCUCACCUCGUGAAAACCAUUGUCCGGCAUGCCACCUGCCGCGGUCUGCCUGUUUGGGGGCUUCUUCUGCUCCUUAUUUUUUGUUGUCGUGUUUGUGUUGAU